GAAUUGGGUUGUAUAGUACUAGCAAAGAUUUUUCGUCCUUCACAAUGGCUGGUGAUGUAAGGAAUAUUAUCAACUACCAAAGAUAUCCGAUUGCUGAGUCUAAGAGCCACAUUCUCCAAGAAGUUAUAAGCCGUGCUAGAGGCGAACUGAACGACAAUGGCAUUGCCUUGUUGCGGGAUUUUAUGCUUCCUUGGGCUAUUCGCCAAACAAUCAUAGACACAGAAGAAGCCUUACCAGAUGCGUUUUGUAAAGCAGUUGAUCACACUAUCUAUCUUGAGGAAUGUCAAGACUCUGUCCUCGAGAAAGAUCACGCGAGGAAUAUAUUGUGUCGAUCUUCAAAAUGUUGCAUCGCACACGACCAAAUCAAGACAAACUCGCCGCUAAAUCAGCUUUAUAUGUCAUCGGAGAUGACAAAUUUUGUUCGACUUUUGCUAAACAAAGACGCGCUUUAUCGUACAGCUGAUCCUUUGGGGGCCUUAAGCUUGCAGGUCUACAGAAAAAAUGAUGGCCUUGACUGGCAUUUUGACCGGGGGGAGUUCGCUGUGACACUUCUCCUUCAAGCACCAGAGGGUGGGGGACGUUUUCAAUACAUUCCAUCAACAAGGUAAGAGUUAGCUGUUGUCUCAGAGGCGCCUUAAGGGGCAAGAAAAAAGACUGUUCAAGUAGGCCACCUGUCUUAUCAUUAAAGUAGACUAUUCCAAGGCCUUGGUUAAUGAAGAUGUCCAAAAUUUAAAUGUAAAUUAUCUUAAAUAAGGGAUCUUACUUAUUUACCUGCUUUCUUGGUAAACAACCCUCCCUGGUUGUCAGAAAAUGGCAAUUUGCACAUGCACUGUUUUGUUUGUCCUCAGCGAUCAAGAGUCUUGUUCUGGCUCAAAUUAUCAGGCUUAUAGGAAUUCUUGCUCCUGGAUUUUGCAUUGUUAGUGAUCAUAUUGGUUCUCAGUGAACAAAUCGCCUUCUAUGGAAGCAGAAGCUUACAUUAUGAGUUUUAAAUCCUUAAAUCCCAGAAGUGAUCAAGGAUUGGCUUCUCCCUUAAGUAUCCAUACAUGUAUAUUAUCCAGCACACCAGUAAAUUAUGAGAAUAAUCUGUUGCAUCAUUAGAAAUUGUUAUGUUGAUCCGCCACACAUUAAUAAUAAUAAUAAUAAUAAUAAUAAUAAUAAUGAUGAUGAUGACUUUAUUGGAUUACACUAUAACUGGUUGAGCCAGAAGUUCUCAUUAUGGUCCUCAAAAACUUCAAAUUCAAAUAGCAAAAAUACGAAGAAAAAGUACAAUUAAAAAUUAUAAAUUAAUUAAAAAUUUCUGCUCAUAGUAAAAUUAUCAACUCUGGAGUUCCGAUCUAUAUAUAUCUUUUAUAGUUGAUUUUUAAAUUUACAAAGGGAAGUGAGACCCCUAGUAGUACUGUCUUGGUUGUUCCAUAAUCUAGUGGCACUUGCAUGAAAUGAAUGUUUGCUGGUCAUGGUGCUAAAGAUGUUGACACCCUAGUUGUGUAAUGAUGUCUAUAUUUAACAUCACGAAUAUAACAAUUAACAAAUAUAUUACACAAAUUCCUGUAGUUUAUGAUUUACAAGGAAAUGUGUAGCAGCUAGAAGGGAGAAUAACCCUUUCACUCCCAAGAUCUAAUUAGUAAUUCUCCUUACUAUCUGCCAUACUAUUCUUAUGAUGUUAGUUCAGAGAAUUUGGUAUUGGAUCAACUAAAAAUCCCAUAAUUGAUAUUCUUCUCUAUUCUCAUCACCUACCUGCUUGAUAUUGUAUUUAUAUUGUAAGGAGAAAUUCUGUCUUGGUCACUUACGGGAGUGACAGGAACAAUCAGAUCUUGGGAGUUAAAGGGUUAAUCCAUCUAAGUGUUGCUAAUCUGAAUAUAUUUCUACCUGGAAGCAAAUGAAAAUUGAAGUAACAAAUUAUCUCUCUUUUACAAAUAGAUCAGAUGGUAAUGAAAACUAUGACUUGGUCAAGCAAGUGCUACUGGCUUCUAAAGCUGGAAAAGAUCUAUCUGCUCUUGGGAUGAAAGAGGCCGACCUUCAGCCAGGAACACUCGUGAUUUUUUGUGGGCAUAACUCGAUGCAUCGCGUCACCCCUAUUGAGGGAAAAAAGUCCAGGAUCAUAACUGUUUUAUCUUACGAAAAGAGACCUGAUGUUUACUUAAAUGAAUACACUAGAAUGAAAUUCUGUGGGCGCUUGAAAUAAAUAUACCCACAGACUAACCCUUUCACUCCCAAGAUCCAAUUAGUAAUUCUCCUUACUAUCUACCAUACAAUUCCUAUGAUGUUAGUUCAGAGAAUUUGGUAUUGGAUCAACUAAUAAUCCCAUGAUUAAUAUUCUUCUCUAUUCUCAUCACCUACCUGCUUGAUAUUGUAUUGAUAUUGUAAGGAGAAAUUCUGUCUUGGUCACUCGUGGGAGUGAAAGGGCUAAUUAGGUGGACUUGUAAAUAGAGAUUUUGGCUCUUACUUGAUGUAGAAGACACAGUAUAUGUCACAGUAUUGUUUUCAUUGUUGUCUUAUUUCCAGUUGUGAUGAAAUUCUAUUGUGACGUAUACUGUGUGUUACACUAAGUAAGAGCCAAGAAUUUGUAGUCCAGUGAUCACUUUCUCCCACAUUUCUUUGGCAAUUCUUAGGUUUUUUCAACUAUUGUCCUUAUAAUGAUCCAUUUGAAAAGUGGAUUCUAUGUUGCUGUGGGAGUAUUCAGUAACAGAUCACGGAUGAUGUCAAAAUGUGGCCACAAUAAUAACUGGGACAUUUGAAGCAUUUUUUUUUUCUUUCAAAAAGGAUAGCAACUCAACAAACUCUCAUUACCUUACUCCUAACCUCCUUUCCUCCCCCUCCUGCUCUGCACCUACAUUUCUUACUCACUUCUCAGGAGGUGUGGGGGGGAGCAGAAACAAGCUUUCAAUUUAUGAGUGGGGUAGGGGGGCUUUGGCACAGGUCUCCACAGGAACUAGAGUAAUUUAUUGUUACAUAAAAUUUGAUGGGAAGAAGCCAUUGAAUAAGAAUCCUGAAAGAUUAGACUCCAGAACUAAGGAACAACAAGAUAUUUUUAUAUGUAAAAUUCCAUGAACAAUGAGUACUUAUGACUCGAUUGAUGGUCAAUGAGAAAACUUUACUACAAACUGAGUGCCU